AUGGAGCGGGGGAGCUGCCGGGCCGAGAGCCCCGGAUCUGGACCUGUCGGGGCCCCACUGACUGCAGUGUGCCUCCACGUGAAGACCAAGCCCUGCCACGGGGGCUGGAGAGCUCCUGGCCUGCUACUGCUGCUGCUGGCACUGGCCACCGCUGGGGCCGUGGCUGGAGGUCUUCUUGGCUUCGCUCACAGCCCUCUCAAGCCACUGCUGCAGACGCUCCGUCUGACCCUCCCGAGCCCCAGGGUGCCCCGGUCCAACCAAACCGAACAGGUGGACGUGGCCCAGAACGUGGCAACCAUCAGGGUGACUCCAGCUCAGAGCAACCACAGCUGGGCAGUGCUGUUCGACGGGCAGAGCGGUUGUGUCUGUUACCGCCCCUCAGAGCACCAGGCCUGCUUCCUCCGCCUGAUGGAACCCCGAGACCGCGAGACCCUGCAGCUGCUGGUGAACACCUCUUGGCCCCAAGGGACUCGCAGCCCCAGCCAGGACACCCACUAUACCCAGGAGCUGCUGGCAGUGCUUGGGAGCCGUGAGGUGGACCCUGCCCAGGUGGGGGCUUCGGUGCGGAACCUUUGUGCAAAGACCCCCAUUUACUGGGCCCGACGAGCAGAGAGGCCCCAGAGGCAGCGGCUGAUCUACCUAUGCAUCGACAUCUGCUUCCCAAGCAACAUCUGCAUGUCCGUCUGCUUUUAUUACCUCCCGGACUAAGCCCUUGCAGCGCAGCCCCUCAGGCCAGCCAGCUGGCCGGCACAAUCACCAGUCCAUGGAGGGUAGCCGCUGGCGGGGCUAAUAAACAACUC